GAAAAAGAUACAGAUUCGCUUCUCACGCAAUACAAUCACCAGCUUCUUCUCCGAACAAUCUUCAUCGUCUCUGUAGGAAUUCACUAAUGGGGUAAAAGCCCUAGAAAAUGUGCAAGCGCAGAUAAUGAGAAGAAACCACCUGGUUCGAGCACUUGGCCGGGCCCGAACCCGAACUCAGUUGGUCCGUUCCCUGUCCACCUCAACCGUGGAGCUGAAAAAUGUGACCAAAUCAAACUUCGAGCCGGCGCUUGCGGAGUUGCGCCGCCACGUCAGUGAAGCCGACUUCGUGUCGAUCGACUUGGAGAUGACGGGGGUGACCAGCGCGCCGUGGCGUGAGGCAUUCGAGUUCGACCGGCACGAUGUCCAAUACUUGAAGAUCAAGGACUCCGCCGAGAAAUUCGCCGUCGUUCAGUUCGGCGUCUGCCCUUUCCGGUGGGAUCCGCAUAGUCACUCAUUUGUUUCCCAUCCAGAUAAAUCUGGAACUACUGUUUUAAUUCAGGCUAAUCAUUAUCUAUUUGGAAGUAAUGCUCGGGCUAUUAUGAUAUGCUCGAAAUUUGGAUGGAAAUCGCACAACUUUUACAUAUUUCCACGGCAGGAAUUGUCAGGCAAUGGCUCAUCUAAUGAGUUCCUGUGCCAGACAAGCUCGUUGGAGUUCUUGGCAAGAUACCAGUUUGAUUUCAAUGCAUGCAUUUAUAAAGUGUCUUCCCUGUACCAUGAGUUCUAUUUGGAGAUUUUACAAUCUUACAUAACCUCAGGUGUAUCUUAUCUAUCCAGAAGCCAAGAGGAGGAAGCAUUGAGACAGUUAGACUCAGUAUACACGGAUGAAUUACAUGAACCAUCCUCUAACGUGAGCCACGACACAAAGUUUGUUAGAAUGGCGGAUACUCUAUUUUCUGAGAGAAUGAAGAAUGUAAUCAAUGAGUGGCGUUCCGAAUUAUUAGGGGAGACAAAUAGGGGAUCGGUAUUUAAGGGCAACUCGGAUGGCACGAACCAGAAAUUUCAGAGUACUUUCUUUAAGAUGCGCCCUGCUCUUGUAGUGAAUGGCAUGACAUAUCGCCAACUGAGAUUGAUUAAGAUGGUCACGGAGAAGCAUUUCAAUGACCUCACUUAUGUUCAUGUGGCUGGUGAAACUUCUGGUUCACAACCACUGGUAGUCUACACUGAUUCUACAACAGACAGGGAUGUACUAAUGAAGGAGGUUCAAAGUUGUCGAAGAGUUGAAGCGGAAAAGAAGAUCAAAUCUGCUAUUGGGUUCCGGCAUGUUAUUGAUCUGCUUUCCUCAGAGAGAAAGUUGAUUGUUGGUCAUAAUUGUUUUCUCGAUCUUGUGCAUGUUUAUGGCAAAUUUGUGGGUCCUCUUCCUUUGACCGCCCAGGAUUUUGUCUCGGCUGUACACGCAUAUUUUCCCCACAUAAUUGAUACUAAAGUUAUGCUAAAUUUGGAUGAUGGGUUAUCACGUAUCAUGAAGAAUGGCAGAACUUCACUUUCCAAAGCUUUCAGCUUACUCUGUCCACCAAUUGCACAGGAUGGCACAAGCACUGGUUUGAAUGAUAAACUGCGUGUUAGAGUUGAAGUUGAAGUGGAUGGCCAGAGGUUUUUGAAUUGGAAUUCGGGAUCCAAGCAUGAAGCGGGAUAUGACGCUUUCAUGACUGGAUGCGUCUUUUCACAGGCUUGCUCCAAUUUAGGAGUCGAUUUUAAUUCCCAUGAUUUUCCCCAAAACGAGAAGCUCCAAAAAUAUGUUAAUCAUUUAUACCUCAGCUGGGUGAAUGGGGACCUAAUUGAUCUAACAACAGGGAAAAUUGCAACCAAAACUCUAGUUGCCUCGAAAGCGAAGUGCAACAACUUUGUGUUUUCGAAUAUGAUUGUUCUGUGGGGCUUAUUGCCGACGUUGAGAGCAAAUGAUAUCAGAGAUAUUUUAAACAAGGUUUUCGGGGUGGGCUCUAUCAAGACAAUCUACCAUUUGGACGAGACUGCGGCUUUUGUUGAGUUCAGUAAAACAGAAUUUGUGUCUGAAUUUCUCAAAUUGAAAGAUAAAUUGGAAAUGGUUAAAGACCCGAUUUCUAUCUUGCACCCCUUGUCGAGAAUUUUGGAAGGUGGGCGUGUACGUGCUGUUAAUUACGAGAUGUAUAAGGAGAUUUGUGGGUCACCUUUGUCUGAAAUGGCCUUUUCGGAUCAGGCUGAAGUAGCUUGGUUUAUUAACAGGAAAGAGGAAUUAGUAGAAGCAGCUAUUGAGGUCAGGAUUUAGGCAGAGAUACAUAGAAACAUAUUGGGAAAAUUGUAUUCCUUAUGUUUUUUCUUCUAAGGAAGAGCAGUUGAACAAAUGAGGUGGAAGGUCAGAUUUGUUGUAUGAACUUCAAUUAUUCAUGUCAUUAUCUUCUGAAUCAACAGGGCUUUUUUCAGUGGUGUUGGUGGAGAAAACAUUUGAAUUUUGAUGAAACUGAAAAGCAUAAAAUGGAAAAAUUGGUAUAGAUGCUCAUUUGUGUGAAAUUCCUCUAUGUAAUUCUGUCAGUCUUUUUCAGGGCCUUUUUGUACUUUUUACCAUUUGGACGAUCAAUGGUAAAAACUUAAUGAUAUACUUCAUUUUUACACGUUUCA